AUGCAGAAGUAUAUCGUCUACGGCCGCAGGCUUCCUUCGGAGAAAUUCCCAGAACCGGAGGUCUUCCGCAUGACAAUCUACGCCCCCAACGAGAUCGUAGCAAAGAGCCGCUUCUGGUACCACUUGAAGUCUCUGAAGAAGAUCAAGCGCACGCACGGAGAGAUCCUUGACUGCCAGCACAUUGAGGAGAAUGGGGAUUUUGUUAAGAACUUCGGUGUUCUCUUGCGCUAUCGUUCCCGUGUAGGCCAGCAUAACAUGUAUCGCGAGGUGCGUGAGACCACGAGCGCUAGAGCGAUGGACAAGGUUUACUCUGAGAUGGCUGGACAGUGCCGUGCGCGCUACCAUGAUAUUCAGAUUAUCAAUGUGAAGGAGGUUGCCGACGAAGAUGUCCGCCGCGAGAAGGUGGCUAUGUUUACCCAGAAGGGCGUUAGGUUCCCCCACCCUUGUCCCUACGUUCAUGUGAAGCGCGCAGCAAGGACAGCACGCUUCCAGGACAGAGCUCCUCACGUUCCACAAUGA